AUGAUAUCGAACAAACGUAACCUAGAGUACGAUGAUGAUAACAAUGUGCAGAGCAUAUGUAAGAAGCCAAAGGCUGACGAGCAACCAACAUCCAAGGUGAUCCACCUACGUAAUCUUCCAUCGGAUUGCACUGAGAAUGAUAUCAUCGCGUUGGCCUCACCGUUUGGCCAUAUCGAACACGCCCUGUUGAUCAAGGGCAAGAACCAAGGCUUUAUCCAAAUGGCCGACCUGGCCGCCUCCUCCGCCUUUGUCCAAUACUACGGCUCGAUCCAAGGCAACAUCCGCUCGAAGGACUUCUUUGUCCAGUUCUCGAACCGCGAGGAGCUCAAGUCAUGCUCAUCGUCCAUCGCCACGCCCAACAAGAUAAUGCUGAUCACCAUCACCAAUGUGAUGUAUCCAGUGACCAUCGAAGUGCUCCAUCAACUAUUCAGCAAGUAUGGUGAAGUGUCCAAGAUACUAAUAUUUGCCAAGUCUGGCAACUUCCAGACUCUGAUACAAAUGCAGACCGAGGAGGCUGCCAUAGCCGCCAAGAAGGAACUGGAUGGACACAGCCUGUAUAAUGGCAGUUGUACACUCAAGCUGCAAUUCUCCUCGUUGACCAACCUGUCGAUCAAAUAUAACAAUGAUAAGAGCAGGGACUACACCAACCCGGCUUUGUUACCGGGCUCCGCCUCGUCCAUGAUGAGCAAUCCAAUCGCUACUAUAAAUCUGUCGCCACUGUCUGCGCCCCAGAGCCCCUCUAGCACAGCAGCCGUGCCCAGUGCCCAGCCACAGUUGUUGGCGCCACUGUUUGCCCAACAAGUGGUUCCACAACGUAAUUGUGUACUGAUAGUUGGUGGACUGCCGCUUACAAACGUGACACCCGACGACCUACACACAUUGUUUGGUGUCUACGGCGAUCCAAUACGAGUCAAGAUCAUGUACAAUAAGAAGGACACCGCAUUGGUCCAAAUGAACCUGCCACAGCAAGCGGAGAUAGCAAUACAAUAUUUGAAUAAUGUUCCAUUCCGUGGUAGUAUCCUACGAGUCAACUCAUCCAAGCAUCAAACAAUAUCAUUACCAAAGUCAGGAGAGGCACAUACACUACAUUUGUCCAACCUCCCACCCGACGAAGCCAACAUUGAAGCGCUCAUCCGAGAGCUCUUCUCCAAACACGGCACCAUCAAAGCAUUUAACCUUUUUCCCAAUGACAAUAAGAUGGCAUUGAUUGAGAUGGACUCAUUGGAGGAGUCUGUUAAUAGUCUGGUGAUGCUACAUCACCAUGCAUUUGGUGAUUAUAUGUUGAAGGUAUCGUUUGCCAAGUCAUCAUUAUCGAGGGCGUUCAAGCCAAUGAUGUAG